AUGAAGAUGUUAAUGGCUGUUUUCAUCCUUGGUUGUGUGGCCUCCUCAAGGGCCAUCUUCUUCGACCUCUUCAAGAAAGAGUCAUGGCAGCCUGAUCCUUGGGCCCAACAGCCUGCUGAUCCCUGGGUACAGCAGCCUGCCGAUCCCUGGGUACAGCAGCCUGCUGAUCCCUGGGUACAGCAGCCUGCUGAUCCCUGGGUACAGCAGCCUGCUGAUCCUUGGGUGCAGCAGCCACCUGUUCAGCAACCAGUGAAAGAAAUCCCCAUUUUCAAGCCCUACUUGGAAUUCAAGCCUAUCUCCAUCCCAUUCCCCAAACUGGAGCCCGUGCCUGUGGUCAAGCCUUUCCCCAUUCUUAAGCCAGAGUUCGUAGAGGCUCAGGUUCCCCUGUACAAGCCCCAGGUUCCCCUCCCUAACAAGUACUUCAACUUCAACGCUAACGUUGGACUCCACAAGCAGCCACAGCAGCCACAGCAGUACCAGCAAGUCCAGUACCACCAGGCUCAGCACCAACAGCAACACCUACCCACUGCAUACCAAGCACCCGAUGCUCACCACCACUAA